AUGAACUCUCCUACAACCAUGCCUCUCCAGUGCCACGAUGCCGAGACUCAGCUGUACGUGGACAAGGAGAGCCCGGAAGGGCUCCCCAUUGGAAACCAAAUGCAUGAGGAAGAGGAGGACCAACACGAGAGUAAGCGAAACUUCAUGUCGCAGAACAGAUGGCCCCUCUACAGAUACCGAUGGCGGCUACGCGAGUAUGUUGCCGAGUUCUUCGGAACGUUUUUCCUCGUCACCUUUGGAACCGGCGUCGUUGCGACCACUGUGUUUCAUGGCGGUACCACUGCCAUGUACCAGUCCAACUCAAGCUACCUGGCCAUCACCUUUGGCUGGGCAUUUGGGCUCGCCAUCAGCCUUUUCCUGAGCAUGGCUGUGUCUGGUGGUCACUUGAACCCGGCCGUAACGCUGGCGAACUGUGUCUUUGGUACCUUUCCCUGGGUUAAGCUACCAGGCUAUUUUCUAGCCCAGUUUCUCGGAGGUUUUGUUGGUGCCGCCAACACCUACGUGCUCUUCAAAUCGCACUUUGAUGAAGCCGAAAAGAGGUUGCUUCUGAAUGAAACGAUGGCGUCCAAGUACGGCGGAAUCUUCGCCACAUACCCUAAUGUUGCAAACACCUACGCAGUGUGGAGCGAGGUGUUCAACACCAUGGCGCUCAUGAUGGGCAUUCUCGCCAUCACGGACGCUCGCAUGACUCCCGCCGUCGACUACAAGCCGGUGGCUAUUGGACUACUGUUGUUUGUGAUUGGCAUCGCGUCAGGCAUCAACUCUUCCUAUGGCCUCAACCCCGCACGCGAUUUGUCACCUCGCAUACUCUCGGCCAUGCUCUGGGGCUCGGAGCCUUUCACGUUGCACAGCUACUACUUUUGGAUACCUCUAGUCGUGCCGUUUGUUGGCGCCCUUUUCGGCAUGUUCUUGUAUGUCUUUUUUAUCAUUCCGCCCAGCUGUUAG